CGGAGCACAUGCCCACCUGCAGAACGGGACAGGACGAUCUUCCCACUGGACUCCUGCUGGAGUACUUCGCGGUGCUGCCUGAGGGGCUCCAGCCGCUUGUCAGUGUGCCAGCCUGCGCAUGCCAAUGCGACCACCCCAUUGGCUGCCAAUACUGUGUCAAGCAAACUGCAUGAUGGAGUGCUGCUAUUUCUUUGGACCAUGUCCGAAUCCCCUCAGGUCGCCCGCCUCACCGAUGCCGCCAGAUGCAAUUUGCAUCGGUCGGUACUGCAGACGCCAGCAGCAUGCGCGAUCUUGACUUGUCGCUGUUCCCAAAUCGAUCUUGCUUCCCGUCUGCACAUCGUUCGACGCCAAGUAGAAUCCAUACGCUCGCGUUGCCGCCCUUCUGAUAUGUCCAAAUCAGCAAUCCUCAGUACCACCAGGCAGCGGUCAACGCGGUCCAACUUCACCGCGCACUAUUGCUCCUCCACCUUUCAAGGGUAA